UCUUUUCAGUCGUCCUGACCUCUAUGUGGAACAAUAUUUCCAAUUUCCUAUCGCACUAUAAUACUGUCCAUAUUUGCCAUUUGUACGAAUACGAACAUGGACGGAUCGGAACAGGGAGCCGAAAAUAGCUCACACGGGGAAAUCAACGACGAAGAGGGUUCACGGAACGAUACGAGUGAGACUUCAACCAGCUUUAACGCGUCAAGACCGAGGCGAUCAAGUAUACUAAAGAAAUCUAACGAUAGACCUGUGCCAAAGUCCGUAUCUUUCAGUUCAAUUCCGGGCGAAAAAAAGGUUACAAACGCUGCCGACUGUCUGUUGUCUAUGCAAAGUGGCUCAGAAUUGCAUAAAGUUCGCUCUACCUCUCGGCAGUAUUUACGAUUCUUCUAUCUGGACCCGGAUCUAUCGUGUCUACGAUGGAGUCCAUCGACGAAAAAGCCGGACAAAGCCAAAAUUCCGCUUUCGAUGAUCAAAGAAGUCAGAUCAGGCAAGAAUACGGAAGUGUUUCGAACGUUAGAACGGGACGACAUUCCGGAGGACUGCGCUUUCUCAGUAAUUCAUGGAGAAAAUUUUAUAUCGUUGGAUCUUAUCGCUACCAGUCCCGAUGACGCCAACAUUUGGAUUACUGGCUUACGGUGCCUUCUCGAUUCGGAUAUCAGUGAAAAUUGUUUUGAGAGCCGACAGCAUAUGAGGGACAGAUGGCUGAAGGAAAUGUUUAUUCUAGCCGACAAAAAGAACAAAGGUUUGCUAAACGAGACGGAAAUAUUGGGACUCUUACAACAGCUCAGCGUUACAGCGCCUACCAGAGUUGUUAAGCAAAAAUUUAAGGAAGUUGCUGUUAGCAACUCAAGACCGCAAAAAAACAGUUUGAAUAAGGAAGAAUUUCUACAGCUUUAUAAAGAAUUGACGACUCGUCCGGAGAUUUACUUCCUAAUGGCAAGGUACGCCAGCAAUAAAGACUAUUUAACGACAGACGAUUUACUUAUCUUUCUGGAAUCUGAGCAAGGGUUGACGCGGGUUGGGAAAGACCAUUGCGUGGAAAUUAUCAAUCACUGUGAACCCACUGCUGAGGGAAAGAGAAAUAAGUGCAUGGGAAUUGAUGGAUUCACGAAAUAUUUAAUGAAACCAACCAAUGAUCUAUUUAAUGCCGACUGUGUUCAAGUCACGCAAGACAUGACACAACCAUUAUCACAUUAUUUUAUUGCAUCGUCGCAUAAUACAUAUUUGUUAGAAGACCAAAUCACUGGCAGGUCCAGUGUGGCAGGAUAUACGAAAGCUCUGUGUGAAUUGUGUUGUAGAUGUGUAGAAUUGGACUGCUGGGACGGUCCGAAUGAUGAGCCCGUGAUCUACCACGGACGAACGCUGACGAGUAAAAUUCUUUUCAAGGAUGUUAUUCAAUCAAUAAAUGAAUGUGCUUUUGAAACGUCAGACUUUCCAGUAAUAUUAUCUCUAGAAAACCACUGCAGUAUCAAACAACAAACAGUCAUGGCAAAUCACAUGAAGGAAAUCUUAAAAGAUAAGCUACAUACAGUCCCGCCGGACAAGGAAAAAGAUUGCUUACCUUCACCUGAAGAUCUAAGAGGAAAAAUCCUAGUCAAGAACAAAAAGAUCGCGGAGGAUUGUGGGGAAGGGUAUGUUUCGGCCGAGGAAGAGGAGGAGGAAUUUGAUGGAAAUAUCACAAUAAACGGUGAACAGAAUAUCAAGAAUUUAUCUUUGAAGAAAUCUAUCAAGAAAUUACCCAGUAAUGGAAAAGACGAUAACAAGACAGCAAAGAAAACAAUCAAAUUAUCGAAAGAAUUGUCCGACCUGGUCACGUAUUGCACGUCCGUCAGAUUUGAAAGUUUUGCAAACUCCGCUGAAAAUCAAAAAUACUGGGAGAUGAGCUCGUUGGGAGAAACAACAGCUAAGAAGCAGAUAACAGCGUAUCCUGAAGAGUUUGUGAAUCAUAACAAGGCCUUUCUUACUCGCGUUUACCCCUCAGGGAAGAGAGUUGACUCCAGUAACUAUAACCCUGUCGAGAUGUGGAACUACGGUUGUCAAAUGGUUGCUUUAAAUUAUCAAACUGGCGGACUUGCGAUGGAUCUUAACACGGCGAAAUUUAAUAAUAACGGUCGAUGUGGAUAUAUACUAAAACCUGCUGUCAUGAGAGAAAAAAUAGCAUAUUUCAAUCCUUCGUGCAAAGACGCCAUAGCUGGAGUUACACCUCAAAUACUCAGAAUAAAGAUAAUCAGUGGCCAGCAAUUUCCUAAACCCAAGAUGUCUGGCACGAAAGGAGAGGUGAUCGAUCCUUUUGUGUCAGUGUCUGUGUAUGGCAUACCAGCUGAUACGGUUCAGGAAAAGACGAGAACUAUCACCAAUAAUGGUUUCAAUCCGGUGUUCGACGAAACAUUUGAAUUUCAUAUCAACCUUCCUGAGUUAGCCUUGGUCAGAUUUGUCGUUCUUGAUGAUGAUUUUAUCGGUGAUGCUUUUAUUGGGCAAUAUACGAUACCCUUUGUUUGCAUGCAACAAGGAUAUCGACAUAUUAGAUUGCAAAACUCGCUUGGGGAACCUAUGUACUCCGUCACGCUGUUUAUUCACGUGACCAUAACUGGGGAGGAGGAGACUGGGAAAAUAAAACGGUCGUCGUUGAAGCGAUCGAAGAAAGGAAGAGAUUACACUCGGCUUAGAACUGUUGGAGUGCCUACGGUCGAUGAGACGUUUAAGACGGCAAUUCAACCCAUACGAGAUGGUACAGACCUACGGGAAAACGUUCAGAAUGCUUUAGGGGCAUUGAAGGAAACCUGCGGUGUUGCUCCGAGGUCAAAUAUAAAACAGUGUCUAAGAUUACUGGCAUCCAGACUCGAGGCUUCGUCACAAACGGUCAACUUAACACUUACUAUGGAUGAUCAGUAUCCAUGUUUCGACUGUGAUGGCGAAAUGCCGGAGAUUCUUAAGAAGGCGAUGUCAGCUUUAGAAAACGUGACACAGGAAUCAAGGAAUCUAAUUCAACGUUGCGAUUCUGUUCACGAAAGAAUAAUCCAGUGUGAAAGAGCUGGUAUGGAAUGGCAUGAGGAUUUUCAAAACGUUUGUGUAAAGGAGGGAAUAAAAGAUAAAAGACUAUCAAAGGCUCAAGAAAAUUUUGCUUGGAAUAUCAGGGUUAUCAAAGGCCAGGGGGACUUACUGCUUUCUGCGAGACAGGAGUGUUCGGAAUAUCUCAGACAGAUACCCGAGGCGGCGGUAGCAUCUGGUCUUGUAUCAAACGUUAUUGAAGAUUCCAAGCAAUCUUGAACGAUGAGGUAACGACAGGUUCAACAACAAUACUGUGUCGCCAUCAUGUUGCCAUAUUGCGUGUCCAACAAGUUGUAAAACUGGGGUAUUUAUGAACUCAUAAAAUUUGGCACGAUUUAAGAAUCUCUAUAAUACUCCCAUGUAUAUUAUCCCACAUAGUUUUUCCUCUGUGCGAAUUUCUUCGCACAAAGCGACGCUAAGGCGAUCGCUUUGCCUGUCUAAUUCGCCUAUUGGAGAGCAGGCUUAUCUUACUUGGAAAUCACAGUAUCUGUUGUAGAAUUGUAGUGUUUGUAAGAACCAGUGGCGUAGCCAGUACGAUAAUUGGGGGGCCAUAUUCAUAUAUUCGUGAUACGCAGGAUUAA